CGGCAGUAAACUAUCAGCAACCAACAUUCAAACAACUCCAAUGUCCACUACAAUACGUCGUUCACGAACCAAUACUACUACUGGUGCCGAUGGGUAUCGUCCUUCAAACAAUAUUUUACGUUCUGUUGCCAACAAGGGGCUUGUGGCUGACGAGUCUAAUCUCGACCUUAAAGGAUCUGGUCUGAAACGGUUUGAAGCUUUGGAAGACUUGUUGGAUACACGCCCCACCAAAGACGACUUGAUUGAGCGUAAUAUUAUGAAAGCUGACGUUUCGGGAAAGCUUGUGGCUGCACAAGAACAGCUUAAAAAACAGCUGCUUGAGGAUACACUCAAAAACUCUAUUGCUGCACGACCCCAGGCUCAAGAACUUGUGGAGCAAAAUAUUCUCAAAAAUGAUCAAAUUUCUGGGAGAAUCUCUGCUACUCAAGAGCAACUCAAAAAAACCAUUAUUGAGGAUGCACUCAGGAAAAGCAUUUCAAACCGACCUCCUUUCCAAGAGCUUAUUGAUCAUAAUAUUCUCAAAAGUACCCUUGUUGAUGCAUCCCUCCAAGCCAAACAAGAGGAGCUCAAAAUGGCCCAGCUCAAAACCCAUCUUGGUCGUAGUUUAUCGGAACGCAAAACUCAAGACCAGCUUAUUCAAGCCAAUAUUCUUCAAUUGAACCAUUAACAAUUUGCUUAUUUUUAUUGGAAAACAAUCAUGAUGAACCAGAAAAAAUAAAUUUCUUUUGGAUUUUUAUUC